UUGGAUUUUGGAUCAGGUAUUGCACAUUUCAAGGUUACCUCAUGAACCGCUCAAUUUCGUCCCCGUGAUAUUGCUGUUCUCCAUGGUUUAACGCUCUCGCUUGCUGCUAAACAAAAAGUCUGAUGAUUCGUGCUGGAAGAUUUCUGUAUUUUCACUUCGCCCGUUCAUCAGCACGAUAUUUGAGCUCUUUUGAAAGUGCACAAAAUCCAGUCAAUCUUUAUCCGAAUAGUGAUCCUAAUGCUGUUUUCAAGAAACCCAUAAAACUAAAUAUCAGUCAAAAUGAUUUCAGAGGAUAUAUUCCGAUCGAUGAACUUAUGAUAUCUUAUGGAUAUUCAAGUGGUCCAGGAGGACAACAUGUGAAUAAAAAUAAAACAAAAGUGGAAAUACGUUUCCAUGUCCCAUCAGCUUCAUGGAUACCGGAUCAAGUGAAACAACGAUUUAUGGAGAGGGAGGCUAAUCGAAUUAAUAAAGAGAAUUAUUUCAUUAUUACAUCGGAUCGUACUAGGAAACAAAUAUUAAAUCAAGCGGAUUGUUUAGAACGAAUACGUCGAAUAAUUAGAGAAUGUAUGAAUUCGCUAAAUAAACCGGAACCAACACUUGAAACAUUGGAAGCGAUUCAACGUCGAAAAGUAAAAGCCAACGAAGAGAGAUUACGUGAGAAGAAGGAAAGAUCUUUUACAAAACAAUUAAGACAAAAUCAUCAUAUGACUGAUGAUUUGUUUUGAUCAUUUGCCUUUUUAAGUUUUGUUUUGUUUAUUGAAAAUUGAAAAAAAACACGCUCAACAUCACAUUUGUUUGUAUUCAUAGUUUGUUUGUAAAAUAAUGUAAUUGUUGUAGAGAAUAAAAUUGAAUGCAAUGCCUA